UUUUGUAUUUAUUUGUUCUUUGUUCUUAGCAUGCAAUUAAUGACCUUUUUUUAUUUUUUUUUUGUAAAUUUAAUUAGUUUAAGUAUUUUCUCUUGUGUUACAAUUUUUAAUAUUUUUAAUUUAAUUUUUAUUUUCGCGCAUUUUGUAUAUUUUUUUAUUAAAAUUAAUUUAAUUUUUUUUUAAUUUUAAGGAAAAAAACAUUUAUUAUUUUAUUAUUAUUUUCCAACAAUUAUUUUUUAAAAAUUUUGUGAAGGUGGAAAAUAAAAAAAAAUAUUUGGAAAUUUAAAUAUAUUUUUAUUUCAACAAUUUUUUUUUGUCAAAAAAUAAAAUAAAAUGAUGGAUUCAGCCAGUCAAUUACUUUUAUCAGCUUCCCCUCUACAAUUACAUGCUGCCAUCUCUGUUGCUGCAGCACAAGCAGCAGCAGCUGAAGAACAACAACAACAAUCUUUGGCAACAGCAGCAGCUACAGCAAAAAAUGCAGAAAUUAAAAUUGAAGAACCUGCGGGAGAAGGAAAUGGGGGAGAGGAAGCAGCAAUGCCUAAUUCCUCUGCUGCCCAAAGUCCCCGUCAAACCAACAAUGCUCUAGAAGCAGCUUUUAAUCUUAAUUUUUUGUUAAAAAUGGAAACAGAUUCUGAUGAUAAACUUGCACCUUUGGAGAUUAGUGAAAGUAUGUCUUCAUUGAAUGGUUCUUUGCAGACAAGUCCCACAAUAAUUACUUGCAAAACCCCUCCAGCAAAUGGAAAGUCAAUGCUGCAAGUUAUAAAACCUCCUGGAGAUGAAAAAGAAGAAAGACCAUCAUUAAGUUACAAAGAUUUAAUUAUCGAAGCUAUCGAAAGUAAUCCGGAUAGAAGAUUAAAAUUAAGUGAAAUCUACCAAGUAAUUAAAUAUUUACAUCCGUAUUAUCAAAGAAGAGCCGAUCAAUGGGGAUGGCAAAAUUCUAUUAGACACAAUCUUUCUUUACAUGAUUGUUUUGUUAAAUUGCCAUUAAAACAGACUAGUGCUAAUGGGGUUGUUGGUCAUUUCUGGACUGUAGUUCAUCGUAACCCUGAAGACAAACAAGGGCCAACAAGGAGACGUUCUCGUGCAAAUGGCACAGGCGGUGGACCUACUGGAAAAGGGUCUAGAAAAGUAGGAGGGAAUCAAGGUCAUCCAGCAUCCCAAGUUGGAAAUGCUGCUGGAGGGAAGGCAAAAGGAUUGAAAGGAAGGCAAAGUGUUAGCCUUUCCCACCUCUUCAGCUCGGAUAGCGGUGUUAUGAGUGACGAUUGUGGUGGUGGUACACAAUCUGGGGAUAUUAGUCCAACUAAUGGUAGCGCCUCAGUUCCGGCUUCUUUACUGCAAAUUAAUACCUCUUCUGAUUUAUUGACUCAAACAAACAAAUUUCAACCUCUUCAAUCCCCUCUGGCUUCAAAUAGCCUCCAACAUUCAGCAUUACAAUUAGCGUUGAAACAGCAAGCUGCUGCUGCUCUUAAUUUUAAUAAUAAUGGAAUGAAUUUGAAUCAGAAUAAUCUUCUUUCCCCUCUCGAACUUGUUUUGGGAAGUCAAGCUGUAGCUCAGCAUUUACUUGCUGCCCAAACACCUCAACAUCACCAACAACAACAACAAUUAUUACAAUUUUCUCCAAUUCCUGGCAAAACAGCCCCUUCACAACCAGCAUUAUUAGAACAACAUUUACAACAAUUAUUAGCUAUUGCUGCUGGAGCACAACAAGAUCAAUUAUUAACUCAGCCAGAAACACCUGCAUCUGCUCCUCCUUCUUUACCUGCCAAUCCAUUAGCACCAACAACUUCUAAUUCAACAUUAGCUACAACACCAACAACAAAUGGAGGAGGGUUAAAUCUGCUCAGUCAAUUAGCUAGCCAGGCAUUAGCUUCUACAAGUCCACAACCUACACAACAACCUCAACAACAACAAGAUCAAGCUUCAUUAGCAGUUGCAGCAGCUGCUGCGGCAGAAUUACAACGUAUUCAGUUGGUUCAGUUAUAUGCACAACAACAGCAGUUACAACAACAAUUAGCCCUUUUGGAGCACACCCACAGAGAACAUUUAAAUCUUCGUUUACUUGGUGGACAUCGUCAUAAUGAUUUUCCUCAUGGCCAUUCUGCCCCUCUUAGUCCAGUUGUUCACGAUCCAUUAACAACAACUUUAAAUCGAAAUAAUCCUUUACUUCUUAAUUUGGCAGCAACAACAGCCCCUUCUUCUCCGUCAGUUUUAGCAAAUGAAAAUGGGAGGAAUAAUUCAAAUAAUAAUCAGUCAAUGUUAACACAAUUAUUAUUAUCAAGAUUAUUUUCUUCUGCUGCUUCUACAAAUAAUAAUAAUGAAAAUAAUAAUUCAACAAAUGUUGAACAACAACCAACAACUAAUUUAACUGACAAUUCCCCACCCCCUCCAUCAUCUGUCCCCGCUGUUGCACACUCUCCUGUUGCUGAAAGUGUUAAUCAACAACAAGUUGAAUUACAACAAGCAGCUUUAUUGCUUGAACGUUAUCAACAGCAACAACAACAACUUUUGUUAAUUGACCAAUUCCAACAACAACAGCAACAAUUAGCAGAAGUUGGACAACUUCAAGCGCUAACUCAAGUAUUUGGAACUGCAGCAGCUGCUGCCGCCGCGGCUGCCGCUGUUGUUGAACAAGUCCAAGAGGCACAACAACAAAUUGCUGAGCAACAAAUUGUUGAACAACAAGAGAGUGAGGAAGUAGUUUCUGUUGUUGUUUGA